CUGCCGCCGCCCGAGACUCGAGCAGCGCAGUUAUGGCGGAUCCCGCAGCGUCCGCGCCCGCAGCCCCGGCUCCCGCCCAGGUCCCGGACGCGCCCCCGAGCCCGGACGCAACCCCCGCCCCGGCCCCGGCGCCGGCACCCGCCGCGGACUCGGGCUCCGGGCCAUCCUCGGACUCCGGCCCCGAAGCCGGCUCGCAGCGGCUGCUCUUCUCCCACGACCUGGUGUCGGGCCGUUACCGCGGCUCGGUGCACUUCGGGCUGGUGCGCCUCAUCCACGGCGAGGACUCGGACUCGGAGGGCGAGGAGGAGGGCCGUGGGAGCUCGGGCUGCUCGGAGGCGGGGGGCGCGGGCCACGAGGAGGGCCGGGCCAGCCCGCUGCGCCGCGGCUACGUGCGCGUCCAGUGGUACCCGGAGGGCGUCAAGCAGCACGUGAAGGAGACCAAGCUGAAGCUCGAGGACCGCUCCGUGGUGCCCCGCGAUGUGGUCCGGCACAUGCGCUCCACUGACAGCCAGUGCGGCACCGUGAUCGACGUGAACAUCGACUGCGCCGUCAAGCUCAUCGGCACCAACUGCAUCGUCUACCCUGUCAACAGCAAGGACCUGCAGCACAUCUGGCCCUUCAUGUACGGGGACUACAUCGCCUACGACUGCUGGCUGGGCAAGGUCUACGACCUGAAGAACCAGAUCAUCCUGAAACUGUCCAACGGCGCCAGGUGCUCCAUGAACACAGAGGAUGGCGCCAAGCUCUACGACGUCUGCCCGCACGUCAGCGACUCUGGUCUCUUCUUCGAUGAUUCCUAUGGCUUCUACCCAGGCCAGGUGCUCAUUGGCCCUGCCAAGAUCUUCUCCAGUGUCCAGUGGCUGUCAGGCGUCAAGCCUGUGCUCAGCGCCAAGAGCAAGUUCCGCGUGGUGGUCGAAGAGGUGCAGGUUGUAGAGCUGAAGGUCACCUGGAUUACCAAGAGCUUCUGUCCAGGGGGCACGGACAGCGUCAGCCCCCCGCCCUCUGUCAUCACCCAGGAAAACCUAGGCAGGGUGAAGCGUCUCGGAUGCUUUGACCAUGCUCAGCGGCAGCUUGGGGAGCGCUGUCUGUAUGUCUUCCCAGCCAAGGUAGAGCCGGCCAAGAUUGCCUGUGAAUGUCCAGAAAAACACUGCGCCCAGGGGGAGGGCUCUAUGGCCAAGAAGGUGAAGCGCCUCCUGAAGAAGCAGCUUGUGAGGAUCACGUCUUGCUCCCCGGACGUCCAAUGCUCCAGGGACCAUUCCGUGGAGGAUGCAGGCAAGAAGGGGGCGGCCAAAGCCAAGAGUGAAACAGGCUCCGCCAGCCCCGAGGAGACGCCCGAUGGGUCCUCCAGCCCGGUGGAGAUGCAGGACGAGGGCCCAGAGGAGGCCCACGAGGCGGGUGAGCAGCUGCCCCCCUUCCUGCUGAAGGAGGGCGGGGACGACAGGCUGCAUUCGGCCGAGCAGGACGCCGACGACGAGGCCGCAGACGACACGGACGACACCAGCUCGGUGACCUCCUCCGCCAGCUCCACCACCUCCUCCCAGAGCGGCAGCGGCACGAGUCGCAAGAAGAGCAUCCCCUUGUCAAUCAAGAACUUAAAGCGGAAACACAAGAGGAAGAAGAAUAAAAUCACGCGCGACUUCAAGCCAGGGGACAGGGUGGCCGUGGAGGUGGUGACCACGAUGACCUCGGCGGAUGUGAUGUGGCAGGAUGGCUCUGUGGAGUGCAACAUCCGCUCCAAUGACCUCUUCCCCGUGCACCACCUGGACAACAACGAGUUCUGCCCCGGAGACUUCGUGGUGGACAAGCGAGUCCAGAGCUGUCCGGACCCCGCUGUCUACGGCGUGGUACAGUCUGGGGACCACGUGGGCCGCACGUGCAUGGUGAAGUGGUUCAAGCUGCGGCCUAGCGGGGAUGAUGUGGAGCUGAUCGGAGAGGAGGAAGAUGUGAGCGUCUACGACAUCGCCGAUCACCCUGACUUCCGGUUCCGCACGACGGACAUCGUCAUCCGAAUCGGGAACACUGAGGACGGAGCCCCGCACAAGGAGGACGAGCCAUCUGUGGGCCAGGUAGCCCGCGUGGACGUCAGCAGCAAAGUGGAGGUGGUGUGGGCUGACAAUUCGAAGACCAUCAUCCUGCCCCAGCACCUGUACAACAUCGAGUCUGAGAUCGAGGAGUCGGACUACGACUCGGUGGAAGGCAGCACCAGCGGGGCGUCCUCGGACGAGUGGGAAGACGACAGUGACAGCUGGGAGACGGACAAUGGGCUGGUGGAGGAUGAGCACCCCAAGAUAGAGGAGCCCCCCAUCCCCGCCGCCGAGCAGCCGGCAGCCCCCGAGGAGGACAAGGGCGUGGUGAUCAGCGAGGAGGCCGCCACGGCCGCCAUCCAGGGGGCCGUGGCCAUGGCUGCCCCCGUGGCCGGGCUGAUGGAGAAGGCUGGCAAGGACGGGCCCCCGAAGAGCUUCCGGGAGCUGAAGGAGGCCAUCAAGAUCCUGGAGAGCCUCAAAAACAUGACGGUGGAGCAGCUCCUGACGGGCUCACCCACCUCCCCCACGGCAGAGCCUGAGAAACCCACGCGGGAGAAGAAGUUCCUGGAUGACAUCAAGAAGCUGCAGGAGAACCUCAAGAAAACCCUGGACAAUGUGGCCAUCGCCGAGGAGGAGAAGAUGGAGGCGGUGCCGGAGACGGAGCGCAAGGAGGAGAAGCCCGAGGGGCCGUCGCCGGUGAAGGCCGAGUGGCCCAGCGAGACCCCGGUGCUGUGCCAGCAGUGCGGCGGCAAGCCUGGCGUCACCUUCACCAGCGCCAAGGGCGAGGUCUUCUCGGUGCUGGAGUUCGCGCCCUCAAAUCACUCUUUUAAGAAAAUUGAGUUCCAGCCUCCAGAAGCCAAGAAGUUCUUCAGCACAGUGCGGAAGGAGAUGGCGCUACUGGCCACCUCGCUGCCUGACGGCAUCAUGGUCAAGACAUUUGAGGACAGAAUGGACCUCUUCUCGGCCCUGAUCAAGGGCCCCACUCGCACCCCCUACGAGGACGGCCUCUACCUGUUCGACAUCCAGCUGCCCAACAUCUACCCGGCCGUGCCCCCCCACUUCUGCUACCUCUCCCAGUGCAGUGGCCGCCUGAACCCCAACCUGUACGACAACGGGAAGGUGUGCGUCAGCCUCCUGGGCACCUGGAUUGGAAAGGGGACAGAGAGGUGGACGAGCAAAUCCAGCCUUCUCCAGGUGCUCAUCUCCAUCCAAGGUCUGAUUCUGGUGAACGAGCCGUACUACAAUGAGGCAGGCUUCGACAGCGACCGAGGCCUGCAGGAGGGCUACGAGAACAGCCGCUGCUACAACGAGAUGGCCCUCAUCCGCGUGGUGCAGUCCAUGACCCAGCUGGUCCGGCGGCCACCCGAGGUCUUCGAGCAGGAGAUCCGGCAGCACUUCAGCACCGGCGGCUGGCGGCUGGUGAACCGCAUCGAGUCCUGGCUGGAAACCCACGCCCUGCUGGAGAGGGCCCAGGCACUGCCCAACGGGCUCCCCAAGGACAGCAGCUCGCCGGAGCUGCCGGCCAUGGCCGAGCUCUCGGACUUUAGCCGAGAGGAACCUGAGGACGGGGGGCUGGCCCCCGGGGAGGCCUCCCAGGGCUCAGACUCGGAGGGCCCAGCCUCAGCCAGCAGGGACCACAUGGAACAGGCCUCGGAGGCCCCGCCCGACACCUCGGUGCCGCCCAGCGUCAAGCCAAAGAAGAGGAGAAAGAGCUACCGGAGCUUCCUGCCCGAGAAGAGCGGCUACCCCGACCUCGGCUUCCCCCUCUUCCCGCUCUCCAAGGGCUUUGUCAAGAGCAUCCGGGGAGUCCUGACGCAGUUCCGGGCCGCCCUAAUGGAGGCGGGCAUGCCCGAGAGUGCGGGGGACAAGUAGCCAGCAGCCCCAGAGGAAGGCACGUCGCCACGGGGAGAGGCCGCCCCCCUUCCCUCUCCUCCUCUGUCCCCAGUGCAGGUCCCCCCCCCCCCCCCCGCCCUUUGCCCCCUCCUUCCCAAGGUGAGUUUGCUGCUGACACGCAGGAAGUUUCUUGAGAUGCUGCCAUUUGUAUUCCGAAGCAAUCUUCCAACAGGCAGGUGCCCUGUGACAAAGGAAAUCAGAUCCACGCGGCUGAUUUUCCCCUCGUACCAGGCAGCGUGCCCCCGCGCUUCCUCCCUUGCCAUCUUGCCCUCAGGGCUGGGGUGGGCUCUCCCUGGGGGCUGACACAGGAGAAUGCGGGCCGCGUGGACGUGCCUUGCAUGAAGUGUGGGUUGCCGCGGCGGUCGCCCCCGUCCCCCUGCCCUCUCGAGUCCCGCUGAUGCUUCCUGGUGUCCCGGGCCCUCCCGUCGCCACCACCCACCUGGUCUUCCCUUGCCCCCCAGCUCUGCCACCCUCCCCAGAGCGGUGCCGCCGCUGCUGACUCCCGGCUGGGCCCCAGCCUGUUGAACUUGCUCUCUGCGAGAGGUGGGCACCAGGCCGGGUGCAGGACAACGCCCGGAAGGUGGUGGCCCUCGCACACUGCCGCGGGGUGAGGACAGGGAGCUGCUGCUGGGAAGACACAGCUGUAGGUGCCUUGCCCUUCCUGCCCCUCUGGGCGGGGGGACCGCAGCUCUGGCUUUAAGGCCCCCCUCCCGGUUCCCUGGAGGUGGGAGCAGCAGCACAGACGAGGGCCUCUUCCUCCGGUGUCCAGUGCUCAUGCUGGAGGGGGCAGCGUGCAGCUCACGGAACUCAGAGCAGGCCAGCCCUCUCCCCGCCCGGGCGGAGAGGACACAGCCUGCAGGCUCGAUGCAGGAGAGCGGUGGCAGGCAGGGUUCUCCCUGCAGAGCCGGGCCCAGAGGUUUACAGGUUUUCUAAUCGUUUGAUAAUGUGAAGCUCCAGGUGAACAGGAUGCCGCUGAGCACAUUGCAGCUAUGUAAUUUUUGGUGUAUGUAAUGUAAUAUUUAAGGUUGAAAGAAAAUAAGUCAAAAAAUAUUAACUCUUACUAGGAAAAAAAAAAAAAAGAGACAAAAUAAGAAGCCAAAGCAUGACGUGUCUUGUCCGCCUUACGCUGGCUCCACACCUGGGCCGCCGCGAGCACGUGGCUGGCAGCAGCGCGGGGAAGGACGGGGGGCCGGACCGGGGCUGCGGCGACCGGAGCCCGGAGUCGGGGUCUUGUUUGAGGAUCACCCGGAGUGACUGGCGGGGCUGUGCUUCCCGGUGCAUUGUUCACGUGGAGAUGUGAAUGCCUACUGCUUAAGAUAUCUGUAUAAAGUGCUGUGUGAUUAAACUUUUUUUUUUUUUUUACUUGCA